AAUGCCAAGUAAGUUGGAAUAACUUGAUCAUCAUCACAAUAAGUGAAUAUUUGAGUGGAAAUUAUUAUGCCCUUUCUUCUAAAAUACAAUGGACAUUAAAGUUUCUUUAAAAAAUAUUUGCCGUUGCCUCAUACCGCUGGAUGUUUACUCAAAGAUGUGAGGCAAUGCUGUUCAAUCAGCUUUGAAUUGAGCAAAUUUCAUUCUUGGGAGUAUUCAUUUUGAAGUGUUUGUGCAAACUCCUGUGGUUUGUAAAAAAAAUAAAAAUACUUAUGCUAUUUUAAUAUAUUUGCCACUUUCAAAAAGAAAUAGUUGUUCAAAAAGAGCUGAUUAAGCUCAAACUACAAAAAAUAUGCAUACCUGUAAUGAGUGUAACAAAUCAUUUACAAAGACUACAAGUCUGAAAAUGCAUAUAAGAUUGCAUACUGGGGAAAAGCCUUUUCCUUGCACAAUUUGUGAUAAGUCUUUUGUUAGAAAUGCAACUCUAAAAAAGCAUUUGUUAGCGCAUAGCGGGGAAAGAGCAUUUGUUUGUGAUAUCUGUGGCAUGUCAUUUGCUCAGAAGGUGCACCUUACCAAUCAUUGUAAGGUGCAUACCGGUGACAGGCCGUAUGUUUGUGAUAUUUGUCAAAAGGAUUUUUCAAAGAGCACCAAUCUCAAAAGACAUUUGAAAACGCAUUCCGGAGAAAAACCUUUUCGUUGUCGUUAUUGUAAAAAAGCAUUUAUUCAGAAAGUGACACUGGAAACACAUUUGAGAACGCAUCGUAAAGAAAACCCAGACUCAGGUUUGUCAGAAGAAAAGACGCAUAAGUGUGAUUAUUGUGCAAAAGCAUUUGUGCAUGUGCAAAACUUGAAUAACCAUCUUCUGAUACGUCACGAGGGAAUGCCAUUUUUUUGUGACUUUUGUAAAAAGUCUUUCACUUUAAAAGCUAACUUGCGAGCGCAUAUGAAAGUACAUACUGGUGAAGCGCCCUUUGUCUGUGAAUUUUGUAAGAAAGGUUUUUCUUGGAAAGCAAAUAUGCUGACCCACAUGAAAAUGCAUACGGGUACAAGAUCGUUCUUGUGCGAGUUUUGUGAAAAGUCAUUUUAUACAAACGGAACCUUACAAAACCAUUUAAAACUUCAUACAUCAGAAAAGCAGUACCCCUGCAGCCAGUGUGAGAAGAGGUUUACAGCGCCCUCACAGGUCAAACGCCACGAAAGAUCGCAUACCGGAGAGAGACCGUUCCUUUGUACAUAUUGUGGCAAGACCUUCAGUCAGAAUAUUCACCUGAUGGAGCAUUUGAGGAUACAUACAGGAGAGAAGCCUUAUACUUGUGAUUACUGUGGCAGGGGAUUCAGUGUAAAGAUAAACCUGAGAAACCAUUUAAAACUUCAUACAAGAGACCUAGAAAUGAGCACGAAUAGCCUGGUGCCUAAAUGACAUGUUUUGAUGAUGAAAUAAAAUAUCAAAGUUGGACAUACAUCUAUAGUAGUACCUCGAUUAACUGAGAUUUCUGUUAACUGAGCAGAUAAUGAAGUCUUUUUUUGUUUUUUAUAAAGUAAUGUAAAUUUAAUAAAAUGAUGAAUUUUC